ACAGAUGACGAGUUGGUCACGUGUGGUUCAGUCAUCAAAAUAUCCCACGUCGACACCGGUUACUAUUUGAAUUCGGAGCCCAAGAAUCUCAAUUCCGGAAGCGGCCAGCAGCUCGUCACCUUUGUCGCGGAUCCGGGGACACAGAAUACGCUCUGGUGGCUCCGACCCGCCCAUCACGGAGGACCGUCCGAGUACACCGAUAAGGGCGACGCUGCCUCGUGCCAAUUGGCCCAACCCGUACCGUGCGGCUCCAUGUUCCGCCUCACGCACACGGACACGCUCAAGAACCUGCACUCGCACGGCGUCAAAUCCGUCCUUUCACAACAACAGGAAGUAUCCGCCUACGGAAAAGGCGACGGGAAUGGAGAUGGGGGCGAUAACUGGAUGGUCGAGUGUGCAGGGCACUACUGGAAAAGGGACGAAGCCGUACGCUUUUUUCACAUUGAUACCCAGAAGUAUCUGGGGACCGCCUCCAACGUGGAAUUCAACGAGAGUACCUGCGGAAGACAAUGCCCGAUUAUGGGACACCUGGAAGCCUUUGGACGAGCCAGUACGGAUAAGUAUACCACACUCAAGGUAGAGCAAGGCAUUCAUCUAUCUAUGUAG